CCAUGAACCGAUGCUUCUAAUGCCACUGACGUGUGGGCCCUGCCCAAGAACAACUGGCAAAGCGCGCGACAUUUUCCUGGGCUUUAUUAUAAACCCAAAACCCCUCACCUUAUCCCCUCUCCUCAUUUGCUUCUCUUCUCUUCCUCCUCGUGCCUCAGCUCCGCACCGCCAUGGCGACCUUCGUCUCCUCCACCUCCUCCGCCGCCGCCGCUUCCGUGCUCCGCUCCGUGCCGUCCGCCGUACGAGGAGGCGCGUGCGCGGCCACGGCCCCGGCCCGGCGCCCGCUCGCGGCUCCCCUGCGCGCUGCGGCGAAGGGGUCGGCCAACUCGGCGCCGGUGAUGAUGGAGAGCAAAGUGAAGAAGAGGAACAAAAAGGGGUCCGGCGGAGGGGGGCUACCCGCCGCCAUCGACCUCGAGAUCAGGGAGGCCGAGGCGUACCUCGCCACCGACGGGGAGGAACCUGCUCCGGACAACUUUCCCUUUGAAAUCGUUGACGAAGAGGGGAUGAGCGUGGUCAUUCUGAAAAGGGAGUACAAGGAUGAGAAGAUUGAGGUCAUUGUGAGCAUGCCUAACAUGGAAGGGGAUCCUGAGUUUGAUGAAGAAGAUGAUGAGGCCGACGGUGAUGCUGCUGCCAACGAUGACGAUGAAGAUGACGAUGAGGGCGACGAAGAUAGUAGCCUGUCUAUGAAGGUCAUAGUCUCCAAGGGAUCUAGCCCGAAACUCGAGUUCACCUGCACAGCCUUUCGCGAGGAGAUCACCAUUGACGACAUGAUGAUAGCGGAGGAAACAGAAUCCAAAGAAGAAAAAUUCCCCUUCGAGGGCCCGGAAUUCACUGAGCUUCCUGUGAAUGUGCAGAAGGGCCUGUUCAAGUUCCUGGAGCUAAGAGGGGUGACGCUGACGACCACCAACUUCAUGCACGAUUACAUGGUGACCAAGCAGACCAAGGAGUAUGUCCGGUGGAUGACCAAGCUCAAGGACUUGGUUCGGUAAUGCGAUCUGAGAGAUGGCCUGGCUGCGCGUUUUGGCAGCAAAUUUUGGUAGCUUAGCCUUUUAGCAUGUGCGACAAGAGCACCUGAACUAUGUGAACUCGUCAGGAAAUCAGGAGUGUAUCUGUAGUUCUGUAUCAGCAGCCACUGUGAGUUUCUCCUGUCUUUGCUGGAGCUGGCAAUGUAACACGAAUGACAAAGUUUAGUGCUUGAUAAUAGUUUA